AUGGCAUCUAAAGCUUUUAUAUCAGAGGAAGAUUUAACCUGUCCUGUUUGCUGUGACAUCUUCACGGAUCCUGUUGUCCUGUCAUGUAGUCACAGUUUGUGCAAAGACUGUCUACAAAAGUUCUGGAGAACAAAAGGAUCACAGGAGUGUCCUGUCUGUAGGAGAAGAUCAUCAAGAGGUCAACCUCCGAAUAACCUGGCUCUAAAGAACCUGUGUGAGACUUUCUUACAGGAGAGAAGUCAGAGAUCUUCAUCAGGGUCUGAGGACUUCUGCAGUCUGCACAAUGAGAAGUUCAAACUCUUCUGUCUGAAGGAUAAGCAGCCUGUGUGUGUGGUGUGUCAGGCUUCAGAAAAACACACAAAUCACAGAUUUUGUCCAGUAGAUGAAGCUGCUCCACGUUACAGAGAUGAACUGAAGACUGCACUGAAGCCCUUACAGGAGAAACUGGAGAUCUUUAAACAAGUCAAACUGACCUGUGAUAAAACAGCAAAACACAUUAAGACUCAGGCUCAAAGCACAGAGAGACAGAUUAAAGAGGAGUUUGAGAAACUUCACCAGUUUUUACGAGAUGAGGAGACAGUCAGGAUAGCUGCACUGAGGGAGGAAGAGGAGCAGAAGAGUCAGAUGAUAAAGGAGAAGAUUGAGGAGAUGAGUAGAGAGAUAUCAUCUCUUUCAGACACAAUCAGAAGCGUAGAGGAGGAGCUAGGCACAGAGGAUGUGUCAUUCUUGAUGAAUUUGAGGAGCACAACGAGAAGAGCCCAGUGCACACUGCAGGAUCCACAGAUGCUUUCAGGAGCACUGAUCAAUGUGGCAAAGCACCUGGGGAACCUGAAGUUCAGAGUUUGGGAGAAGAUGCAGGAGAUUGUUCAGUACACUCCUGUGAUUCUGGACCCCAACACUGCAUCACCAUGUCUCAUCCUGUCUAAGGAUCUGACCAGUGUGAGAUACAGUGAUGUGAAACAGCAGAUUCCUGAUAAUCCUGAGAGAUUUGAUGAAUAUACAUGUGCUCUGGGCUCUGAGGGUUUUAACUCAGGGACACACUGCUGGGAUGUUGAUGUUGGUGACAAUUCAGACUGGGACCUGGGUGUGACCACAGAGUCAAACCAGAGGAAGGGAAACUCAUUCUUUAACGCUGGUGUCUGGCGUGUCAUGUUGGAUGAUGCCGGUAAAUACUGGUCAGAGGCCUCAGGAGAGUCAUCUACUCCACUGAGAGUGAAUAAUAAACUCCGGAGGAUCAGAGUGAAACUGGACUGGGACAGAGGAAAGGUCUCAUUCUCUGAUCCUCUAAAUAAUACACAACUAUGCACCUUCACACAUAUUUUUACUGAGAGAAUGUUUCCAUACUUCUAUAGUCGCUGUAAACUCUCUCCUCUGAGGAUCUUACCAUUGAAGCAUUGUUGUGCCGAGGGUGUGGCCAUGGUCAUCACACAUGAGAGUUAUAAUCUGACUCUGUGUGACUUGUUCAGUGGCUGUGACAUCAGAACUGUGGUUAAUUGGUUCAUCAGUCUUACAGGUUUUAACUCAGCGACACACUGCUGGGAUGUUGAUGUUGGUGACAAUAGAGACUGGGACCUGGGUGUGACCACAGAGUCAAACCAGAGGAAGGGAAACUCAUUCUUUAACACUGGUGUCUGGCGUGUAAUGUUAGAUGAUGCUGGUGAAUACUGGUCCGAGGCCUCAGGAGAGUCAUCUACUCCACUGAGAAAAGUGAAAGUGAACUUGAUUUUGCAGGAGUCAUUGCAGGGGAAGAGUUGUCAGAAAAUGGCGUCUAAAGCUGUAGUAUCAGUGGAAGAUUUAACCUGUCCUGUGUGCUUUGACAUCUUCACGGAUCCUGUUGUCCUGUCAUGUAGUCACAGUUUGUGUAAAGACUGUCUGCAGCAGUUCUGGAAUAAAAAAGGAUCACAGGAGUGUCCUGUCUGUAGGAGAAGAUCAUCAAAAGGUCAGCCUCCUAGAAACCUGGCUCUAAAGAACCUGUGUGAGACUUUCUUACAGGAGAGAAGUCAGAGAUCUUCAUCAGGGUCUGAGGAGUUCUGCGGUCUGCACAGUGAGAAACUCAAACUCUUCUGUCUGGAGGAUAAACAGCCGGUUUGUUUGGUUUGUCAGACUUCAGAAAAACACACAAACCACAAAUUUCGUCCAGUAGAUGAAGCUGCUCAAGGUUACAGGGAUGAACUGAAGAUUGGAUUGAAAUCCUUACAGGAGAAACUGGAGAUCUUUAAAAAAGUCAAACUGACCUGUGAUGAAACAGCAAAACAUACUCAGAUCCAGGCCCGAAACACAGAAAGUCAAAUUAAAGAGGUGUUUGAAAAACUUCACCAGUUUCUACGAUAUGAAGAGAAAGUCAGGAUAACUGCACUGAGAGAGGAAGAGGAGCAGAAGAGUCAGAUGAUGAAAGAGAAGAUUGAGGAGAUGAGUAGAGAGAUAUCAUCUCUUUCAGACACAAUCAGAGCCAUAGAAGAGGAGUUAGAUUCUGAGCCCAAACCCACAGCAGCACUGAUUCCUGAAUGUUAUUCCAGAGCCCAGUGCACACUGCAGGAUCCAGAGGUGAUUUCAGGAGCACUGAUCAAUGUGGCAAAGCACCUGGGUAACCUGAAGUUCAGAGUGUGGGAGAAGAUGAAGGACAUUGUUCAAUACACUCCUGUGAUUCUGGACCCCAACACUGCAGCGCCAGAUGUAAUCCCGGAUCUGACCAGUGUGACAUACAAUGAUGAGGAACAGCAGAUUCCUGAUAAUCCAGAGAGAUUUGAUACAUAUGCAUGUGUUCUGGGCUCUGAGGGUUUUAACUCAGAGACACACUGCUGGGAUGUUGAUGUUGGGGACAGCACAUGCUGGGAAUUGGGUGUGACCACAGAAUCAAACCAGAGGAAGGGAGACAUGUUCUUUGACACUGGUGUCUGGUGUGUUGGGUUAGAUGAAGAUGGUAAAUACAGGUCACAGGCCUCAGGAGAGUCAGAUUUUUCACUGACAGUGAAUAAUAAACUCCAGAGGAUCAGAGUGGAACUGGACUGGGACAGAGGAAAACUCUCAUUCUCUGAUCCUCUAAAUAAUACACACAUACGCACCUUCACACACAUUUUUACUGAGACAGUGUUUCCAUUUUUCUAUAAUUACUGCAAACUCUCUCCUCUGAGGAUCUUACCAGUGAAGCAUUGUGUAACAGUGAAACAGUACAAUUAG